CCUCUCCUCCUCUUUUUCUCUCCCCUCCUCCUCUUCGUCUUCCUUUUCGUCCUCCCCCUCCUUCUGGACUGACGCUCGCGCCGGGCGCCGGCGUCAGACGCGCGGGGGCGGGGCGAGUACGACGCCGGGUAUAAGUAGAGGGUGCGGGAGGCGGCGCGUCCCCUUCUCCCCGGCGGUUAGUGCUGUGAGUGCGGAGUGUGUGCUCCGGGCCCGGAACACACAUUUAUUAUUAAAAAAAUACAAAAAAAUACAAAAAAAUCUUUUAAAAAACCCACAAAAAAAUCAUAAAAAAUCCGCGUCUCCCCCGCCGGAGACUUUUAUUUUUUUUCCUCUUUUAUAAAAUAACCCGGUGAAGCAGCCGAGACCGACCCGCCGCCCGCGGCCCCGCAGCAGCUCCGAGAGGGAACGAAGAGACAGGCCUUCCCCGCCGCCAGGACCACAGCCACCUCCCGAGCCAGCCCCUGAGCAAGCAGCACCGGUAGCCGGCGGCGGAUCGUACCCGUUCCGUGGCCGUUGAGUAGUUUUCGAUUCCGGUUGAUUUUUGUCCCUCUGCGCUUGCCCUCUCCCCUCCCCCCAGCCCCCCCGGCUCCAGACUCCGGCCCCCCACACUCCCCUACCUCUUCCCACGGAAAGUUCGCGGCUUGUGGCCCUUCGGGCGGCGGCGCCGAGAUGAACCCCAGCGCCCCCAGCUACCCUAUGGCCUCGCUCUACGUGGGGGAUCUGCACCCCGAUGUGACCGAGGCGAUGCUCUACGAGAAGUUCAGCCCGGCCGGGCCCAUCCUCUCCAUCCGGGUCUGCAGGGACAUGAUCACCCGCCGCUCCCUGGGCUACGCUUAUGUCAACUUCCAGCAGCCGGCGGACGCUGAACGAGCAUUAGAUACAAUGAAUUUUGAUGUCAUUAAGGGCAAGCCAGUGCGUAUCAUGUGGUCUCAACGUGAUCCAUCACUACGUAAAAGUGGUGUGGGCAAUAUAUUCAUCAAAAAUUUGGAUAAAUCCAUUGAUAAUAAAGCAUUGUAUGAUACAUUUUCUGCUUUUGGAAACAUCCUUUCUUGUAAGGUGGUAUGUGAUGAAAAUGGGUCAAAGGGCUAUGGAUUUGUACACUUUGAGACACAAGAAGCUGCUGAAAGAGCUAUUGAAAAAAUGAAUGGAAUGCUUCUUAAUGAUCGCAAAGUCUUUGUUGGUCGAUUUAAAUCCCGUAAAGAAAGAGAAGCAGAACUUGGAGCUAGAGCAAAAGAAUUCACCAAUGUUUACAUCAAAAAUUUUGGUGAGGACAUGGAUGAUGAAAGACUUAAGGAGCUCUUUGGCAAGUUUGGACCUGCUUUAAGUGUAAAAGUAAUGACUGAUGAAAGUGGAAAAUCCAAAGGCUUUGGCUUUGUGAGCUUUGAAAGACAUGAAGAUGCACAAAAAGCUGUAGAUGAGAUGAAUGGAAAAGAACUGAAUGGAAAACAAAUUUAUGUUGGCCGAGCUCAGAAAAAAGUAGAACGACAGACGGAACUUAAGCGCAAAUUUGAACAAAUGAAGCAGGAUAGGAUCAUCAGCUACCAGGGUGUGAACUUGUAUGUGAAAAAUCUUGAUGAUGGUAUU